GUUUACAUGUAUCUAGGCCUAGCGAGAAUCUUUGACUAGAUUCAUCAUAUAUUUAUACACAUGGCAGCUAGACAAUAUCAUCUUAAGUUUGGACCUUCGGCUGCCGCUUCUGUCGACGCCUAUGCUGAGUAUAAAAGGAUAGUUGGGGAUGACGAUGGAGGCGUGUUAUUCACACCUGAACAGUAUGAAGCAUACAAAAAGAGGGUUAUUCCAAUGAGAAUGAAGAACAGAAUUUUCACCUGCUGGAUUAACCCAGAAGGUAUGGACUGUAAACUGGUGGGACCAGAAACACUCUGCUUUUGCAAUCACAGAUAUAGACAACAUAAGACAGAUUUUGAAGUCCUCCCACAAAACCGACCUAUCCUGUUACCCUGUAAGGUCAAAGGUUGUGGCUGUUACUCCUAUGAAUAUGUCCCACUGAAUGGAAGUCAGUCCAUCAGAUGUACAUGCAAACACUUCACUGAGGAACACACAGCCAAAGCCCCACACAAGUGUAAAAAUGGUAAGUGUGGUUGUACAAGAUUCCACAGUUCUUUUACAUGUGGAUGUGGAAAUCCCUACUCAGUCCACGAGAUGCUGAUAGAGACCAAGGAUGAGAGGAUAGCGAGGGGUCACCCUGUGGGUCAGGAUGUACCCUACCAAGCCAUGGGAGGGAUCACUGGGUUCUCCUCCCUCAUGGAUGGAUAUAUGAGGCUGGAUCCAAGUGGCAUAGGAGCCCCCUCUAAGGAGUUUUUGGAACAGCCAAUCACAGCCUCUGACCAUCCUUUCCUGAGAGCAAAUGUCCAGUCCAUUAAACACCAUAAAAUGAUGCAAAGAGCUGUAAAAGGUACAUCUACAUGCAAUGAGGUUGAUGAGGACUUGGCAGAAAGAAUGUCAGCCAUGAAAAAACCUGGAGAGACAGACAUGGACUAUUAUGAGAGGAGAUACCAAGAGAGGCAAAAAGCAGAACGUGAGCAGAGCAGAGCUAGAAUCCAGGCAACAAGGCAACUGGCAAUUGGCAAACGUAAUCCACCACCGAAACCUGCAAAAAAGUGAUUGGCAACUGAAAUUAUGUACAAUAAGUGACAUGGAAGACCUUUCUGGAAAGCAUAGCUGUGAUACUGAUAAAAUAUUAACUCAUAAUGCCUCAGCACCUAUUAAAUGUUGAAAGUCAUCCAGCACCUUAUUUUGUUUAAUGAGUUACUGCUUUCAAUUUAGCCAGGAUUUUUCAAGUUUCCAGUCUAAACUGAGCCAAUUCAACACUUAGUUUUUUUAAGCUUAUAUGUGUGUUUAUAAGCAAAGAAGGCUCUUUUAGCAGACACAAUAUUACAUGUAG